AUGACAGAGACAGAUAUUAUGCAAAUGAUGAACAUGCUAAAGUCUGGGAUUAGCACUUCACAGAUAUUUGAUCUUCUAGCUAGUCAAGCAGGCGGGUAUGAAUUUGUCGGCUAUAGUCCCAGAGAUAUGUACACUGAGAUUUCUCGACAAAGGCGUCAAGUUCCUGGUGAUGCAGCACGAGUGUUGAAGAAGUUGGAGGAUAUGCGGUUGAAGGAUCCACAAUUAUAUUUCAAGGCAUGUCGUGAUUCAAAAGGUUUGUUACGUAACUUGUUCUGGUCUGAUGGGAUUAGCCAACUAGACUACCAACUCUUCGGAGAUGUCAUUGCUUUUGAUACUAUGUACAAGAAGAACAAGUAUAGUUGUCCAUUAGUCAUAUUCAGCGGGGUUAACGACCACAACCAAACAAUUAUUUUUGUUGCUGCGUUAAUUGUGGACGAAACUACUGAUACAUAUAUUUGGCUCCUGCGUCAGCUCAUGUUUGCCAUGAAGGGUAAAACCCCGACCUCAAUAAUAACUGAUGGAGCCAUGGCGAUUAGGAAUGCAGUAAGAGAUGUAUUUCCUGAAAAAAUCAUGUUGGGAGACUACGAGAUUCCCGUGUUUAAGCGUAAAUGGGUUCAGCUUAUUGAAGAAUUUGGCCUUGAGGAUAAGCCUUGGGUGAACAACAUGUAUGAAGAGAAGCAUAUGUGGGCUACUGCAUAUAUAAGAGGUAAGUUUUUUGCUGGCUUUAGAACUACCUCAAGAUAUGAAGGUUUACACUCAGUUGUGGCAAGGUAUGUGGGGUCACAGUAUGAUUUGACAAGUUUUUUAGAGCAUUUUCAAAGGUGUGUUGUACACUUGCGCUUUAAAGAAUUUAAUGCUGAUUAUGAAUCUACACGUGGGGUGCCCGUUAUACAGACUUGUAUAGAGCUGCUAGAGAGAUUUGCUGCUGAAGUAUACACUCAUGAGAUAUUUCUAUUGUUUCGGCUAUUUCUUUCUAGAGUUGGAUCAAUGCGGGUGCUAAACAUAGAGAAUAACAAUGAUUGCUCAAAGUACAUUGUGUGUAAUCAUGGGAGGCCCGAUUUUCUGUGGACCGUUAAAUUUCGUCAAGAAGAAAUGAUCUUCAUGUGUUCUUGUUUAAGAAUGGAGUCAUUUGGAAUUCCUUGUGAACAUAUUGUGAAAGUUCUAGUUGACAGAGACAUUUGUGAGAUUCCCCCAUCAUUAGUGUUGGAUAGAUGGAUAAAGAAGGUGAAAUCAGCACUCAAUGAUGUAAGUGGGUUCACCAGGGAUGCUGUUGUUAUUAGUCGCCAAAGUGCCUUGAUGGAAUUUUCUAAACAAUUUGCCGCUGUUGCUGUUAAAGUCCCAGAGAGAUUUGAAGAGACACGUGACAUUAUUAUGGAGUUGUAUUCAUCUUACAAGACUGCAGACGAAGGCACUACGCAACCUCAGUCAGGUGUAGCUAAAAGUAGGAAUCUGUAUGUGUAUCAAACCAAUAUAGGCUCAGGACAACCAUCUAAGAAGAAGCAGCAACGUUGUAGUGUUUGUUAA